AUACCACAGGUACUUUGUAGCGUGGCUGUCCAUGACAUCAUCCCCGUCCGACGGGGCUGGACUUUGGCUUCACGUUUGCCCUAAUCGGGAUCCACUUGGGCUCCACUUCUUUGUCCCGAGCUCUUCCUCGUCAUCAUCAUGAUGCAACCUGUCAGACCAGGGGCACGUCCCAGUGCAACAUUUCUUAUAAGACUCGCAAUCCUGACGGGCGUAUGGUCUCGCCAGGUUCAACUGGCAUCAAAGCUAAGUUUCCCGUCGACUCAACGGUCCAUUCAAUCUAUCUGGUAUCUACUCAUUUGUGGAUCCAUCGAUCAAUUGGCAUACCUACAUAUCCAUCAUGCCCCCCAAACACAAGAGUCACACUCCCCGUCUACAUCAGUAAGUGGCUCUGUGUCCACCUCACGUUCGCAAACGACAAAACUUACUUUUCCCCUCACCUACCUCAGUCUCGGAAAAUGGAUGCCCUCCACCCUCGACGCCCACCACCAGUGGCUGGGGGGCGUGAUCGCCGAUGUUGACAGCAAAGAGUCCCACGAUCUCCAUCCCGUCUUGAAGGAAUUCCAAGGCCUCAUCGAAAACAACACCCGCGUCUACCUUCUCAUCGCCUCCAUGUUCGGCGAAAUCCCCCGCAACAGAGCCUAUUCCAACGACCCCACCGGCUGUCCCCAAAUGCGGGACUAUAAACACAUGCUCAACGUUCUGAAUCACCUCCUCACCGCUGCGCCCUCGUGGAGCGACUUCUCUCAUCGGGUGGGCCUGGUCGGGCUGCCCAUCAAUGCUGUCCUGGACUGGCCGAUGGGUACCCCGAGCGGAUACGCCGCAUUCCUGGACCCGGACGUAAACCGCAUGAUCAAGAAAAUCCUGAAUGUAUGGGGCGAGUUUCUGCAGUCUCCAGAGUCCGCCAGGGUGCUGGACGAGUCACCGUACGGCUGGUUCGGGGAGACCGGCAAGAGCGAUCUGGUGGAGGUGGCGAACGUGAGCGCGAAGACGAAUCACUCAUUCGAGGAGAUGUUCAUCUGCGACCCGUCCGCGGAGCACCACGGCUACAAAUCGUGGGAUGAUUUCUUCACCCGGCUGUUCCGAGAGGGGAUUCGGCCCGUUGCGUCGCCGAGUGAUGAUAAGGUGAUCGCCAACGCGUGUGAGUCACAGCCGUACAAGGUUGCGCAUAACGUGAAAGCGCGCGAUCAGUUUUGGAUCAAGAGCCAACCGUACUCGGUAUAUGACAUGCUGUCGUUCGAUCCGUUGGCCAAGCAGUUCGAGGGCGGGACCGUCUACCAGGCUUUCUUGAGCGCGUUGAGUUAUCACCGGUGGCACGCCCCCGUGUCCGGGAAGAUCGUGAAGUCGUACAUCGUCGACGGAACGUAUUAUUCGGAGCCGUUGUUCGAGGGUAUUGGCGAUCCGGACCCGAAGGCGCAUCAUGAGAUCGAUGAUGCUGGUGAGGUCAUGUCCCAGGAAUUCCUGACGGCCACAGCCACGCGAGCGGUCAUCUUCAUCGAGUGCGACAACCCGGAUAUCGGGCUGAUGGCGUUCCUGGGGGUGGGUAUGUGCGAGGUCUCGACGUGCGACAUCACUGUCUCCGAGGGCCAGCAUGUCACCAAGGGCGAUCAGAUCGGGAUGUUUCAUUUCGGCGGUUCGACUCAUUGCCUGCUUUUCCGGAAGGGGGUUAAUGUGAAGGGAUUCCCCUCGCCCGAUCUGGGUCAUAAUGUGCCUGUGAGGAGCCAGGUGGCGGUGGUUGAGUAGUAGGAUCUGGAUAUAGGUAGUUGAAAGUACUUGCCAGCUGUAUAGUUCCACAUCAUCUAUUGUAUAGUGAGAGGAUGGCAAUCAAAUUGUAUGAGAAGACUAUUAAGAAGAGACUAUCAAGCAAAGUUGGGUUCUGCAAACUGGCCGGGCAAAGCGUAC